AUGGCCCCACCCCUCAUCACAAAUAUGGGAGAGCUGGUCCCAAUGAGUGGGCAAUGGCGGGGAAGAGCUCGCGAGGACACAAGGAUCGGCUCUCCUCGGGCAAGAAGACCUCCCCCAACCAGAAACCUCCGGAGCUUUGAGUCGUGCCCAGCGCUCCCCAUUCCGCCCCACCCGCACCUCCUCUGCCGUCACUCACGGCCGCUGCUUGCUGGCUCUCUGGUGCGCUCCGCGCCACAGGCACCUGCUUGCUGGGCGCUCACAUCUCUCUCUCUCUCUCUCUCACAUUGCGGACUCCUAGUCUUCACUGUCACCUGGCUUUGCUUCUGGCCGGACACAGCGUUCCGCCCUUCUCUCAGUCCCCUAGCGCCCAUCCACCCGCCAUGGCCCGGGUCUGGGCCAAAGAGUGGUGUGGCUCGUGGCCCAAAUCUGGGUCUGCGCGCCGCGGUUGAGCGCCCACUCGCCUUGCGGAAAGAACCGCGGAAAAACCAGCGGGGGCGGCGGCGGGAGAGCUCGGCGAGAGCCGGAGGAGGUGGCAGUCGGGAGCCCAGCCAGGAUACCGGGAGGCAGAAGCUGGUGGCUCUCAGACACUCACCCCCUUCUCCAAGGAUGGGUCCUGGCGCAGCCCGGCCGCUGCCCGACCCGCCGGCUAGAGACUGAACUGCGGAUCCCCAUUUUCUUGUGGACCACCCUAA